AUGGAACAGGAAACUCGGCAAAUUGACCCGUCCCCAGUGCAUGACAUUAUCAACGGAGAUGAAAUCACUCUUUUUUCCCUUGACAAAUUAAAGAUCGAGUUGAGAGACGAUACCUUUAGAGAGUCAGAAAUUGUCACUACAAACCUUUCUGCCAUAAUUCACAAGUUUAACAAAAUCAUUGAAAGUGGACUUCAAGGAAGUUGUGAAGGCUUGCCACUACUAGGCGGUGUACUUCCCGUUCUCAUAAACUUAGUUGCAAGAAGUGAUCGAAAUCGAGAAUUUUUCACAACUGAUGUCUUGGAAGUACACGAGUUUUGGAGUUUAGCUCAAUCAUUACUAGUUAUGAAAGAUGAUACAUUGGCUUGGUUGGCCUUUACAUUUCUCGGACAGUUUAUUGUUGAGUCUCAGAAAGUUGGCAAUUUCAUGAGGUUUUUUCAUAGUGAAGGAAUCCACAAACUGGUUUAUCAACGCGUGGAUGACGAAGAUGACGUGGGGGCAUUCGACGUUGCAUAUGAACUCAUUAAAUAUAAUGCUGAAAACUUAGAUGAAGCUGAUACUUCCCUAAUAGAAGGAAUAAAGAACAAACUAGAAGAUAAUUUCGAGGCGAUCAAAGACAGAGAGUAUGUCGAGAAAAUGGUGGAAGUAAUUGCGUAUUCUGGACCUGACAAAGAUGCAUUCGAUAAUUUACUCAGAAAGCUUUUGCAGGUGGAAGACGCCAAUAUAGCUAGGAAAAUGUUGGUAUCAGCUAGCUUAAUGUUUACAAACAAACGCAAUGAUAUUCCAUUUGAUCAAUUAAAAUCACACAAUCCAUACGUGUUUGCAGUGUGUUGCAUUGCAAUUGGGAACUGUAUAGAAAGCGAUGCUACUAGAGAACUGACAUACGAUUUGGUGGAUGCAAGGUUUGGCCUAAAAGACAAUUUGGUCAAUGCCUUUUUCAAAGAGUUCAAAAUCACAGAUGUGAUACAAAUUCAAGCCAUCCAUAUGUGGACCAAUUUGAUGGAUGUGAGGCUUGCUGAUAAGAUAAUCACACAUUACCAAAGCGAGCUAAUUGCUCUUAACCUGAUUGUACUUGACAACUCGCAGUACUACCGUGAAAUUAGUGCACUAUACUUUAAAUUUUUGAGAAAGUUGCUCAUUUUAACUACAAAAGACAUCAUGCUAGGGCUUGGUAAGCAAAUAAGUUCACUUGACAGCACUGUACCUGACUUCAAAUGUGUAAAAUAUGCCCUUUUGCAAAAGCUCAACUUUGACACUGAUGCUGGACGCAAAGAGCUACUACAAUUGAUGAAGUCAGUGGUGACCCAGUUGGAUCAUCUGGAUAUAUUGGAACAGAUCAAAACGAUCUCGAUUGUAAAUCAAAAUUUGACAUCAGACAAGAUUAAACUUGAUCCCCAAGAAAUCACCCAGUUCUAUCUUCAACCUCUUACGGAGCUUUUGAAACAAAUGCAUGCUGCAGAAGUCUCAUCCACGCAGGAUGCAAACUCUUGGCAAGUGAAAGCUCUCAGGAAUAAUUUAAAAUAUGUGGCUGCCACAACCACCAAGGUGCUUGAUCUGAUUUCUACUGGGGGCUCCGUAACUGCCUUAGUUCCACUUCAUCAAGUGUGCCAUCAAAUUAUUACUGCGUAG